AUUCAAUCAGGUGUAAAGGGGUAGUUGAUUCACGUGUGAUGAGAUUUAUUUCAACAAUAAAUAUUGUUGUUGAAGACGCUACGAGACGGCUAUCGGUGCGCGAAAAUCCACACUCGGUUAUCCCCCAACAGCUUCGUAUAAUAACCGUCCUCGGUUAUUCGGUAUAUCUUUCGAUAUUCGCAAACAAUCUGCCUGCUUCGUCAUAACCUAACAUUCGUGUUUAGUGUGUUUAAACAAUAGUUGAAUAUUAAAAGUAUUGCGUUUCGUUCGCACAUUUCUCUUCUAGAUAUAGUGUUUAGUGGCUAAAGCGGCGUACCGGCUAUUAAAUUCGUCGAAAAAAUCGGAAACUCGUGGCAAAUGUUAACAUAUUGAUUUUGAGGUUAUGGAUGUCGACCUGCUCAGAGAUGGGGAGCAUUUCUCCACUUUUGAAUUCAUGGAUGAGUACUCGGACGAGUUAUCACAUUUGGACAGUGAUAGCGGGCACGAGUUCAACAAGAAGGAGUGCGAUUGGAAUUUGGAUACCGAAAGAGAGAUAAACGGAGACAUAGCCCUGAUACCGGUGUGCGACUUAAAUUUAAGCAACUUCAACGAUCCCCUAUCGAACAUCGAAGACUUCCACAAGAUCGUGUCGGACCUGCAGCAAUUCAUUAACAUCGACCCGAGUACGGAACUAGGCGUGAUCGAUCCCGUCCAAACGGACAGUCACAAAAUCGAACCGUUAGACCCUAACAUAGCGAAUUUCGACAUUACGAAAUACAUAAACGAAGACGAUUUAUCCCCGAGCGAACCUCCCGCCAAGAAAGUAAAGGCCGGCGUCAAGAAAAUCGAUUUGAACGCCCAACGGUACUUGAUCGACGACGACGAAGACGUCGAUGUGGAGACCAUCGAUUGCGAUAUAUCGCCCGUGCUCGAGGCCAAAGACGUUACGAGCCUGUUGGAGCAGUUCGAGGCCACCGAAUUGCCCGAGCUGCCCAGCAAUUUCAUCGAGGACGGCUACGGCAAAGCGCCGGUGAAGUUCGAUAUAAAACAGGAAUUGCUCGACGAGCCUAUCGAUGUGAAUUCCGAGCCCGAGGCCGCCGAUGAAAUCGAGAAAAUCCAUCUAGCUAAAGACGAAGUCGCCGACGAUUAUACGUACAGUAAGGGGAAACGGAAAAAUGUUGUUAAGGAGCAUAAGAAAAUUGAUGAAAAUGUUGUUGAAGCAAAAAUCAGUAAGAUCCCGACUCCCCAACCGCCCGCGGCCGUCGCGCCCACCGCCGCCUCCAAACCGAAUCAACCGCCCCUUACACCGAACAAGCAGAUCCUCGACUCCCUGCCCAAGGAGCUCAUCGAACGCAUCCGCGAGUCCUCCAAGCGAAAAUCCAUAUCUGUGAUACCCCCCAUACCGGCGAGGAAGCGGGGCGCGCCGCCCGCCGGCCCCCCUUCGAAGAAACCCAAGCCGCUCGAAGCGCCGCCGCCGGUCGGCAUCGAAACCGUCCGCCUCGAUCACGACUAUUGCUGCGCGAGCUCGACCGUCGGCCUCAAGCACUAUCCCAAGGUGCCCAUGAAAGACUCGGGCUUCGAGUCCGCCGACGAGGACGAUCGAACGCUCAUCGCCAAGCAACCGAUGGUCAAAAACGUCGACGGGAAACUCAUGGUCUCUUUACUCAAAGUGAACACCAUACACACGUCGAAGGCGAACGAGAAGAAGAAGAAACUGAACCUGGAGGAGUACAAGAGGCGGCGCGAGGGGGUGCUGAAGUCGCACAACAACUCGCUGACGUCGUCGCCGUUGAGCAGCGCCUGCAGCUCGCCGUCGCCCGAAGACGAGACGACGAAGAUGCUGCGCCAUCGCGAGAAGCUGCUGAAGAUGGCCAAGGAGGUGCUGAAGGCGACGCCGAAGAGCGACCGGAAGGCGGACGAGGGAACGCCGGCGGCGUUGGCGCCGCUGCCGUUGCAGUCGGUGCCCGCCGACAUGGAGAUGAAGACGUUGGUCAGCACCGGCGUGAAUACGGACUUCAAGAUAUGCGGCAGUAGUUUGGAUCCGUUGGCGCCGGUGGAGCGUUUGGACGAAAUCAAACCGUUGCUGCAGAAGGCCAGCGAUAAGAUCAACGAAAACUCUCUGAUUACUUCGGUGAUCCAGAACAUACCUAAAGUCAUAGAUAUUUGCGAUAAGAAAUUGGCCGAAUCGGGCGCUCAAAGCGCCGCUAAGGUGACCGGCGAGCACGGCGAAGACAAAACGAUAGUGUAUCUGGCGAAGAACAGGGCGCCUAAGGAGACGAGAAGCGUCGAAUGCCAGACGAACAUCUCUUUGAUACAACAGAGCAACGCCUGCAGGACGUACAGACGACAGAGGCGGUUGUCGUCCGAUUCGACCUCUUCGGAAUCGUCGAGGGAGAGCAGAAGAAGCCGAGGGAACCGCAGCAGGGACACCAGCAAGGAUAGCUCGAGGUGUAGUUCGAGGAACUCGAAGAGCUCCAAAUCGUCGUCCUCGUCGUCGUCUUCUUCUUACUCUUCGAGAUCGUCGUCUAGGUCGCCGUCGCCGCGGUACGCGCGCAAGGACAAGGAGCGGUUCAAGGAGGUGGAGGAGCGCCGCGUGAUAUACAUCGGCAGGAUACCGCCGAGGACGAAAAAGGAGGAUUUGAAGAAGAGAUUCCAGAAGUUCGGUCCCAUAACGAACGUCAGCUUGCAUUCGAGAGACCACAAUUACCUGGAUAAUUAUGGAUUCGUGACGUUCGCGAAUAAAUUGGACGCCUACGAAGCGAUAGAGCACGGUAACGACGAUCCGUGGUUGCCGAAGUUCGAUUUGAGCUUCGGGGGAAGAAGGAUAUUUUGCCAGACGAGCUACUGCGAUCUGGAUAAUAUGAGGGACGAGUGCGGCUAUUUUGUUCCACGUAGCGAUGAUUCCUUCGAUCAGCUGUUGAAGGAGAUGCAAGACAAAUUGCGCAAACGUAGGGCUUGACAUUUGUUGUUGGAAUUUAGAGAGGAAAUUACGUUGAUUUUUUUACUGCGUCUUUAGGAGAACCACACAUUAUUUUUUUUUUGUUGCAAAACGAAUAAUAAUCAUCAUCAUGGCGAAACUUUUUUUUAAAUUUUUUUUUUUCAGUAUGUACAGGAUGUCUUGUUAUUUUGUUUUUAGGGUAAUUAGAUUAAGUGACUUUUUCGUGUA